AUGCAUGAUGUAUUUCUUGAUAACGAAAGACGAUCGAAGAAAGAAUCAGAGGUUCGUGAAAAAAAGGCGAGACAAAAAACCCGUGAGGGAGGAAAGAGUUGGGAAAAAAGUAUUGAGAGAGAAGAGGCACGUUGUCGCGGAAUAAUUAACAGGGAAAGGGCAGCAGAAAAAAAACGCGUUCGCGAAGAGAAAAAAAAAGCCAGCAGGGAAAAAAUACGUCUUCGCGAUUUGAACGAGACGGUUAUUCAACGAGAACGUAGACUACGUAGGAAUGAGUAUGAAAGAACAAGACGUAGGAAGAAAAGGGAAGCGGAAGCAAGAUAUUUAGAGUUGACGCCGUUUCGGGAAGAUUCGGCAAUACGUGGGAUGGUGGAAAGAUAUAGGAUCGAACCGACAACUGCUUUCGAUGUGUUAACGUUUCUGGAACUUGUCAGACCAAGAGUUCGGGAACUUUUGGAUGGAUUACGCGGAAGAACGUCGAGAAAUAUUAGGUUAGAAUUAAUUUGUUUGAUGGGAAAGGAAUUGGAAGAUGGAAGAGAGGAGUUGAAGGAGGCAAGUUUUAUAACAGGAAAUUAUAAGCUUCACGGCAUCGACACGUUGACGGUUGUGAUUUGGGAACAGAUGAAGGAUAAGAUUUUGUUGGAGUUUUCUCGUUAUCAAAAAGGUGGAAGUAAUUUUGUUUUGAAAAGAGUUCAGCGUUUGUAUAUUCACGUUGGAAAAUUUAUUCUGUUCAGGGGAAAGGGAUGUUUGGAUUCUCUUCCCGAUUUUAUAAGAAAAAAGCAUGCAUUGAUCAAUAUGAAAAAUACAGACGACGAAUGUUUUAAAUGGGCAGUAACCCGUGCGUUAUAUCCGGUGAAAAUAAAUUCCGAGAGAAUUUCAAAGAAACUUCGUAAACAGGCGGAGAAUUUAAACUGGAAAAAUGUUGAGUUUCCGACACCGGUUAAAGGAAAAUCUAUCAUUAGUUUUGAACAAAACAACGGUGUGAAUAUCAACGUGUUUUCAUGGGACGAAACCGAUGGUUUUCAUCCGAUAAGGAUCAGCAGAUCUUCUUCGUCGGGUGGGGCAACCGUGAUCCGGCUUUUUCUAUGGGACGAACAUUAUUAUGUCGUUAAGAAUAUGUCGAGAUUAAUCAGAUCUCAGGUGACAAAAAAUGAGCAUGCAAAGUAUUUUUGCGAUAAGUGCCUGGAUGGAUUUGGACCAAAGGAUCUUUUAAAGGAACACCUGGAAAUGUGUUUGGAGGAGAACGAAAAAGGUGUGGGUAAGUAUCCUGAUAAGGGAUCCGUCUGCGAGUUUGAUGGAGUAAGAAGGACACAAGUUCAUCCGUACGUAAUCAGUGCGGAUACGGAAUCUUUUUUGAAGAAAAAAGAAAAGGUCGGAAGAAUUAAUAGGAAGAAAUUAAAAGGUUCGGGUAGGAAACAUUUACACGAUCACGUGAUGAAUUCCUAUUGUUUUCAUACUGUAAGUAAGAACGAGGAUAGAAUGAAGUCGGAAACGGUUCAGAAAACAUCAGUUCACGAAUUACAAUGCAUAUCGGAUAGGUUUGUAGACGAUCUUGUUGCAAAGGUACGCAAAUUUUUUCGGAACACCCACGAUCCACUUCCCAUGGAGGAAAUGACCGAGGACUUGAAAAAAUUUCAUCUAUCGGAGACGAGAUGUUACGUAUGUGAUUCUGAGUUUUCCGAGGAAAAUUUAAAAGUACGAGAUCAUUGUCAUUUUACGGGAAAAUAUCGCGGUGCCGCAUGUAACGCAUGUAAUCUUGAAAUGUCAGCGCCGGGAUUCGUUCCGGUUUAUUUUCAUAAUCUCGAGGGAUACGACGCACAUUUAAUUAUUCGCGCACUUGCGAGAAUUCCGGGUAGGUUUAAAAGUAUUUCAAAAACGGAAGAGAAUUAUAUUUCUUUUUCAAAGAUGAUUUGGGUGGGUCCGUUUACAGAUGAGGAAACCGGGGAAGAAUAUAAUAAGAAGGUGGAAAUUCGGUUCUUGGAUUCAUGUAAGUUGAUGCAAUCAUCGUUAGAAAAACUAGCGAGCGGAUUGAAAAAAGAGACGGAUUUUAUUCAGUUGGAUCGAUACUGUGACGAAAUGGGAUAUACAAUGAUUCAGCGGGAUUUAUUAAAACAGAAGGGAGUUUAUCCUUACGAGUACAUGGACGAUCACGAAAAGCUUGACAUGAGUCGUCUUCCACCAAAAAGAUUUUUCUACAACGGAUUAAAAAUGGAAGACGUUACGGACGAGGAAUACGAACGCGCUAAAAAAGUAUGGAAGACGUUCGGAAUGAAAAGCAUGCUGGAUUAUCACAAUCUAUACUUGGUAACGGACACGUUAAUUUUAUCAGACGUGAUCGAAAACUUUCGGAAGGAAAGUCGCGAAACAUACGGGCUGGAUUCACCGUGGUAUUAUACGGCUCCGGGACUUUCGUGGGAUGCAGCAUUAAAAAAGACUAGAAUUAAAUUAGAGUUAAUUAGCCCCAGAUGUAUAGAUUUAUCGAAAAUGGAAUCCGUGGUGGAAUAA